AUGCGGGUUGCUUGGUGGUUCACUCUCUGCCUGAGCAGACUCGCAGUCGCAUCUCUAUCCAAUACCGACGACUCUAGCGCUCAUGAAUUGCUUCUCCCAUAUCUCCCUCACUCCUCUUACGAUGACGCCUCCCUUAAAAGCGCUGCCAAGUCCUAUCUGUCAAUAAUCUGGUCCGUUCAAAAUGGCAUCGUCUGCGCCAAUGACGAUCCGAUCUUUCCUCCAUCAGCGUCUAUGCGGCUACACGCGCCGCAAUAUCGCGACUCAAACGAAGCUCUUCUAGACGACGACAGUAUCCUGUCAUAUUCUUUGGAUGUGCGUCCGCUGUCGACAGAAGGUUCGGGCAUGGCCGCAGGCUUGAUGCGUCUCCGCGUAGAACUGCUCGAUCUGCACGGCAUGCCAGUUACGACGAAUGCGGUCGUGGUGGACCUUCUCAGGUCUGGCGAUGGUGACAAUAUCAUCAAGAGUGUGGGGAUUGGACCCGGUAGUACAUAUCGCGAGACUCGCCCCGUGUCAAAGCCGCGGCCAUGGCAGAUGAACUGGUGGAGCUCGAAAGUAGACUCCUUGUUGAGCAGCGUGCAGUCUUCUACUCAAAAUGACGCUCCGCCAUCGGGCACCGCGAACUCUCCAUAUGCGGCGUCUACGCCCUAUGCCGCCUCCAAGUCAUUCCAGGGCGACGAUAUAUUCUCACCAUUCCGCUCUUCACCAUCCCCGACUGGAUCGGAUUUCCCACACCAUUCCCGGACUUGGCGCGCAUUCGUGCUGCCCAUUGCUCUCGGCGCCAUGGCGGGUACGCUGGCCUACGCGGGCGGGUUUGUCAUUGGAAUGAUUGGGAUGUCUCUGUCCGCUCGCCGCAGUCAUCGGGAUCGCCGACACCGCCGGCGGCGCUCUCGCGUACCAUCCGUUGACAAUGGAAUUUUUGUUGAGAAGAAGCGAGUGAGGAUGCCUGAUAUUUAUGAGACUGACUCGGAAGAGGUAUGA